UUUCGGAGACGCGUUCAAGAGGCAGCAGAAGAGUUCGUUCCUCUCGUUUCGCGCCGUCAUCGAGUGAGAUCUGUGCGUAUUUGCACGUGCACGCGGGACCCUACACUUGCUAAUUUAAUUAGUAAGCGAAUGCUUGCUGCAAUCUUACACAGCGGACAAAAGUACGAACCUUGCUUUGUGUAGUUGUUUAAUAGAUUGCUAUGGCUAUUGAGCCUUCGCCUUUCGGGCGAAACUGCGACAUCCUUGUUUCUUAUGUUUCUAAGGGGGCUUAUAACAGAGUUGCGUACGAUAAUGUUUCUUUCUCGUUGCGGACCGCAUACCGCAGUAGCCCAGUGCUAUCGCGUUGCGCGGCUUAGCACGAGGUCACGGGUCCAAUCACCACCGCAGCGCUGCCUCAUUCCAGUGGGUGUGGUAUGCUAAAAACGCUCGUGCCCCAUGAAUUCGGUGCACGGUGAAGAGCCCGAGGCUGCUGAGAAUUAACCCGCAGUUUCCCAUUGCGGUGUGCCUCGUAACGAGGUCUUUCUUUAUUAUUUUUUUUUUUUUGGCGCGUAAACCCCCGGAAUUUCAUUUUACGUCGCGCAACUACAUUUACAACCGGCAGUUCUGCGUGCGUCUAUUGAACUUAGUUUGGUAUCUCGUUGCUGUUGUCUGUUUAGCAGCCAAUCAUUAUUCUUUUUUUAGAUUUUUAAGAUCCCGUGGACGUAGGAGUUAGUCUGUGGCCUUCUGAGUGUUACUGCAUGCCUCCGCCCUGGAGGAAAAAGCAAAAUAUUAAAUAUCUGGUGCUCUUUCACACCCAGGGCGGGCACUGCGUUUACUCGGAAUAAAAGUUUAUUAUCUCUGUCUUUUACAAGUUGCUAGCCACGUACCGCGUUUUUCAGGCGGGGGAAGACAAGGAAGAAGAGCGACUAAGCAUCGGCGUAGCGCGUGCCUCGUUCUCCGCGCGCGUUCAGGCAUCACCAGAAGAAGAACAGGCUUUCGCAGGAACGGCUGCAGUUCAUCGGUGCGAUAAACUCGUAUAGUCGUCGGAGCAUGGAUCAAACGCAACCGCCACCGGGCCUUCCACAGUCCAUGUCACCGCCGCAACUGGAUGAAAAUCAGCCACAGCUAGAUGGUCAACAGCCGCAACCAGGUGAAGAGGUCCAGGUGCAGCCGGGUGAACAGGCGCCACCGCCGCCGGGUGAACAGCCGCAGCAGCCGAGAGAAGAGCUCGUGCCGGACGGCCGCCACAGCUGGCAGGUGGCGGUCGCAGCGGCGUGGAACGUCUUCUGCUGCUCCCUGCUGCGUCGCGCCAUGCCGGUGAUGUUCCUCGCGGUGGGAGACGCGUUCGCCACCACCUCCAAAGGCGCGGUCGCCUGGAUGAACGCCUUCAUCUACAGCCUGGCAUACACGCUGUCGCCCGUUGUGACCGUUCAGUGCCGGACCAUGCCGCUGAAGGUUCUGUCCAUCGGAGGCGCCCUGUUGGUCGGCGUGGGCCAAAUAGUGUGCUUCGCCCUCGGCAGCCUUGCCCUUCUGGUGCCAGUGAUAGGACUCUGCUGCGGCCUUGGCGCCGCCGUGUCGAUGGUCGUCAACGAGACGGUGGUGCACCUCCACUUCGAGGCGGAGCGUCGCAAGGCCCUGUCCAUCUACCGGGCGGCCUUCUCGCUGUCGGCCAUCGCGUACCCCUUGGUGCUCGGGCUGCUCGUGAGCGAGUACGGACUGGACGGCGCGUUGCUCGUGACAGGCGCCAUAUCGCUCAACGCCCUGGCCGGCUCCCUCCUCAUGGCCAGGCCUCCGUGGAUGUCUCCGAGCGACCCCGUGCCAUCGAUACACCGGCCAGAGAACGCGGAUGCCCAGCCUGCGGCCGAAUUGGAGCAGGGCACCAAGGCAGACGCCUCCGAGAAGCAGGAUGCAUCCAAGGUGCUUUGCAUUGCACUCGAGGCGCGCUCGGCCCGUCUCAAUGCUGACCCCGGGUGUGACAGCUCUUGCAUGUUGGUGGCGGCCGAAGAGCUGUCGAACGCGAUGAAUCCCGGACUGGUUUCGGGCGGCGUCUCGGGAGCAACGUCGGUCGAUCCCGGCACGAUGGGUACAACCGGAGGUGACGGCACGGCGGCCACCUCGGCAGCCCAGGCCGAUGGAGAGCAGGCCGCCGCGGUGCUCGAAGGCCAAGCCAACGCCGAUCAGCAGCCCGAGGGGGCCGCAGCGGAGCCGCCUAAGCUGGCGUCGCAUACCGGAGUCGGGGGGACCACUCUGGACAGUGCGGUGGCCAAAACACUGGCUGCACACGGCGCCCUCACGUCGCUGUCGGUCACGGCCGGCGCGCUCAUCUACGACUACGCCAUGGACGGGGACCCGGCGCGCUCUCGUUCGGCCACCCUCGCUUUGCUCUCGUACGGCGCUGGCGACCUGGUCGGACGCUUGUGUUACGAGGCCCUUCUUGGCGACGGCGAGCACCGCAAGGUAUUUGCGCUUCAGGCAAUGUGA